AUGGCAAGAGGAGGUCGCGGACGCGGAGGUCGUCGCGGGUCUAAUCCUGACCAAUCCAGGGGACGAGGACGCGGUGCUUUUGGUGGCCGAGGAAAUGGUCGAGGUAGAGGCGGAGGCGGCCAAGCAUACGUUACCCUGGACGACUUCGAUUUUCCUAUCCAACAAUGGCCCAGCAAUAGUCCGCCCAGCGCAGGCGACUUUCGAGGCUUUGGAGGCCCCCGCGCUCGAGGACGCGGGCGAGGCGCGUAUUCCCUCUCCGGGACCGGAACCAACACCCCACAGAGAGGGCACUCCUCCCCACGCGGAUUGGGUCGGGGUGAAAGCAACAUCCCAAACGGCGUACGGCAGAUGUACGGCAAACCUCAGAGUUUCAAUCCCGGUGCACCAUUGUCAAAACAACUGUACCAGAGCAACAACUUGCUCAAACCGAUCAAAUUCGUGCGGUCUGUACAUACUGCGACGCUGUUCACUCAGACAGAAGAAAUAUUCCAACCUGUCGUGGAAGCAGCCGUGGAUGGAGACGAGAAGAGCCAUGUCCCUACGGCCGACUCCGUCUCGCGCAUAUUCAAAGCGGUUCCGGAGAAUGUGGCCCACUCUUCUGGCGGCGAAGAAGAGCUGGAGGAAUUCGACUUUGCUGACAUCGGGAAGAUUCAAGCCGCUGUCGAUGCUGGCAGAGCUGCAGGCGCAUCGGCGAAAGCUUCCCAGACCGUCUCCGUGAAGCAAGAGACGGCAUUCUUCGUCGAUACCACCCCCAUGGCCAUUCUGUCUGCCGCUCGCGGUCAGCAAAUUGCAACAAAUCAACUCCAUGGUACUCUUGGCGAAGCGAGCGACGAUGACGAUGUCAUCGUAUACGUUGCCCCUCAUCCUCGCCACGAUAGACCCACACCCGUCCCUGCUGCCCCUACGGAACCCAUAACGCCGGCGUUCAUACCCACCACCUCCAUCAUUACAGGGCUUCCCAUCGGCUCCACUGCCCCUUCGAAACCACACGUACCGGAAGCAGCUGGUGGGCACCCUGCGGGCCAACCGACUCCUGCUUUCCAACUAUCGCUGGACACGCUCUUCCCGGAAGAGCCUUCGCCCGCGCCAGAGCCUUCUGAGAUCGGAGUCGCUCCGGACGCAGCAGACCUCCCCCCGCCACCGUUAUUCGACAACUUCGUGUUCAGCUCGCUCGACACUGCCACGCCCGGGAGAGUAGCCCGCCGCCUCCACCCCGUCGGCACGCCCCGCUCGCUGCUCAAGCACUCCCGCAAAGCCCGGCGGAAGCCCCUGCGCGGGUUCGGUUCAUACGGCGCGAUGCACGAGGAGGCGCUGCUGCACGAGGUAGACCCGCGCCGCGACGAGCAGCGCCGCGGGGACUCGGACGUGAACUGGGGAGACUCGGACGAGGAGGACGGCGUGGAGGAGCUGUCGACCGGAAUCGGCGACAUGGAGAUCGACGAGGGUAUCGACCUCGCAGCGAUGAAGAGGUUCGCGUACAGCAUGAGCGCGGAGGGCUCGCAGCACGUCACGAUGGACGACGUCGCGGAUAUGGAACGCAUGAGGCAGGAGGACGAAGAGGAGCCUGUGCGCGGAGCGGAGUCUGCAGAGGAAGAGGAGGCUGGUGCGAGCAAGACGCGCAAUGGGCCUACUGCAAGUCACCGCGAGUCCGAGAGCGAGUCCGAGAGCGAGAGUGGAGAUGAUGAAAUCGAAGCCAUCAUACGGGCAGGGGAGGCGGAACUCAUCGGCGAAAGUGAGGACGAAGGCGCGGCGCGUAGUAGCAAAGCCGGCCGGGGCAAUGCUGGAGGUGAGGGUAGUGGAGAAGUGCGACACAGCGAGGAGGGCGAAGAUGAGGAUGACGAAGAAAGCGACGAAGAUGAAGACGAUGAGGAGGAUGAUUCGGACGAUGAAGAGACUCCCAAGCGCGGGUUCCAGGCGAGGCUGGAACGCCUACGCUCCAGUACGAGCAAAGGGAAGGGUAAAGCACGAGCCAAAGACUCAGAUGAUUCCAGCGACGAAGCCAUGUCGGUACAAAUGACAUGGGCGGACGAUGAUGAAGACUUCAUCGACACCAUCGAGGCAAUCCUCCUGGAGAACCAGGACAUCCUGCAGUCCAGAAACAGGAAAGAGAAAAAGAAGCUCUUCAGCGCAAUUCGGGACGGCACGUUCCAGGCCGAAAGCGACAAGUUCGCCGACUCCAUGACGCCUGCCAAACGAGCCAAGGACAAAGACAUGCCUCCCGAACUUCGCGAGCAAUGGGAGAAAGACCGCGCGAAGAAGGCAGAGAACAAGAGGAAGCGCGCUCUCGAGCGAAUGCAACUCGCCGCCGACCCCCUCGCGCAGCACAAAGGCGGCAAGAAGGGGCGCAAGGCCAUGCUCGCUGCGGCGCGCGCCGACGCCGACGCCGACCUCCCGAACCGCGUCACCGACCUCGUCUCGCUCGAGCAGCAAAUCCGGCGCUUCCUCGCCGACAUCGGUGGCAGUAACACGAUGGCACUCCCGCCGGCGAACAAGGAGACGCGGGCGCAGGUACACCAGCUUGCCAUGGCGUUCAACCUGAAGAGCCAGAGCAAGGGCAAGGGCAACACGCGCUACACCACGCUCACGAAGACGUCGAAGAGCGGGGUUGGCAUCCAGGAGGGGAAGAUUCGACGCAUACUGCGGGAGGCGACGGGCGGCGCUUGGCAGGGUCCGGGCAGCGGGGGCAAGGGCAGGUCGAAGACGAUGUCGCUCGCGACACAUCGGGAAGGAGAGGAAGUUGGCAAAGAGGCACCGAAGAUUGGAGCGUCGAACAUGGGGUUCAAGAUGCUGGCUGCUAUGGGCUGGACCGACGGAGACCGCAUCGGUCUCUCGGGUGGGCUGGAUGCCCCGCUCACUGCUAUUAUGAAGAAGACGAAGCUCGGGCUGGGCGCAUCUAUGCGGUCGUGA